UGAGAAGCUAACAGAGCAAGUUGAAUCAUCGCAUUUGAAGAUCAGAGAACUUGAAGAGAGAUUAAACUAUCAGGAAGAUUAUAGCAGAAGGAGCAACGUGCGAAUCAGUGGCAUGGAGGAGCGUGGAGCCACUGAGACAUGGGAGCAGACGGCGGCUGCCGUGACGUCACUCCUGGAGGAGAAGAUGCAGCUGCCGGGACUCGUGUUGGAGCGAGCCCAUCGUGUUGGUGUGCGCCACGACGGCAGGCCUCGUCCCAUCGUAGCAAGAUUCUCCCGUUACUGCGAUCGAGAAGCUGUGAUGAGGAACUCCAAGAAGCUGAGGGGCACGAACAUAUUCGUGAACGAUGAUCUCUGUGCAGCGUCACAAGCCGUGAAGAAUGCUCAGAUGCCUCUACUAAAACAGGCAAGAGCACAAGGGAAAGUGGCAUUCUUCCGUCACACCAAGUUAAUCAUCAAAGACAAGACCAGCGACGUUGGAGUUGAUCGGAUGCGGCAGUCGACGGGGACCGCGGGAGUGCGGGGUGUGGCUGGCGCCGGGGUACGGGCGGAGCCGGGGCCUGCUGCUGCUGCUGCUGCUGGUGGGGUCGUCGUGGAGGUGGCGGGGGCAUGGGCUGGCGCCGGGAAUGGUCCCUUCCCCACCCUGCCCGCGCCUCUUCGUGAUGGUCCGGCCCCCUGCUCGUCUCCUUCCACUCCUGCUACUACACCUGCUGCCUCGACACAGAAUAAGCCGGUGAAGAAAAGUCUACGAAGUGCCGUGAGAAAAUAACUCGUCAUUCGUAGUAUAAAUAGUGUAAUAUAAUAUCAACAUCUAUAUAAUGAAUAUAAACCAAUACCUGCCAUUUCAUAAUUUAAAUGACAUAGAAUUUACUAAUAUGAUA